AUGCUCAUCGGUCUCCGCUUCGACGCCACGCUGCCCGUGCGGCACCGGCAGCAGCUUGCGGCGGUCCCUCCGCCUCUCCUCAACGAGCAAGCAACCUGCGCCGAACUCGCCGCCUGGAUCGCCUCUGUCGCCGGCGUCGGCGUCGGCGGGUUGCCGGUCCUGUCCCUCGGUGGGCUGGUGGCGCCGCCGUCGCUUCCGGCGGCGCCCUUCCUCGCCCGCGCCGACGCGAGGGACCUCCUCAUCGACGUCCAUCCUCCGGACGACAACCUCUCGCUCCCAGCUGCGGCUGCCGCCUCCGCCGCCGCCGUCGCCGCCGUCGCCACCGCCGCCACCGCCGCCGGCGCCGGCGCCGAGGCUUCGCCGCAGGUGUCCGCGACGGCGGCGGCGUCGUCCAAGCGUGCGCGCCGCUCGUCGGCCGACGCCGCCGACGCGGGCGGAGCCUCAAAGGCCGCAGCCAAGGAGGAGCGGCGGAGGGCGCGCCGCCGGGAAAAGGAGGAGAAGGAGGCGAGGGAGGCGAGGGAGGCGAGGGAGGAGGCGAGGGGUCCGCCGCAGGGUCGCCGGCGUGUGGCGCGCUCACUCGCUGCGGCGGCGGCGCCUCCUCCUCCUCCUCCUCCUCCUCCUCCAACGCCGCUCGAGGCGCCGCCGCCGCUAGAGCGACCCUCGUUUGCAGUUACGGCGAAUCUCGGGGAAGCGAGGAGGACGAGGCUGGAGGACUGGAGGCGAGAGGACGAGUCGGAGGCAGCGGCUGCAGCUGCAGCAGCGGCGGCGGGCGAAGACGAGCAGUUCGGCAGCCUCCCCCACCUCUCGCCCUCAGAGGUAUUCGUCACUGUUACUCCACUGCACUGCUGCUCCGCUGUCUUCUUCUCCGCUGUCUCCACGCGGUGCUUUAGAGCGGGAUGUCAAACGGCGGUGCGGCAGCUCGAGUACUACUUCUCACCCGCCAACUUCGGCAGCCUCCCUCUCUCCGCUCCUGCCACAGGGCAGCACAGCGGCUUCAACCGCAUGCGCCGGCUCGAGAUGCCGAUCUCGGAAGUGGCGACCGCCGUCGUGUCGCUCUCGUCGGCGCUCGAGGUGGACGAGGCGCGGGAGAGGGUGCGGGCGGCGGCGCGGUGA